AUGGCAUCACCUAUCCAAAUGACUGCAAGCAAUCUAUUACGCACAGAAGGCUUUUCUGGAAAUAUGGGACAAAGAUAUGGUUUAAUUGCUGCGAGAAGUCUUGGAUCAAGAAGGUUGCGAAUGACUCAACAUUGCUUUCAUCAACAGCAUCUUUGUUGGAGACAUGUACAAAGAGGUGUGGUUCGUAAUAUCAGAUCAUCAUCAUCUCCUGGGGCUGUGGUAUCCAAGGGGUUUGACAGUUCAUUAGUUGAGAAACCUGAUACUUCAUUGGAUGUUGGAAUUAUUCAUUUGUACCGUAUACCAUUUCUUCAAGAAAGUGAAACUAUGGAGCUGCUCAAGAAAGUGAAGGCGAAGGUUUCUGCUAAAAUUGUUGAUAUACUGACCGAGCAGUGCUUCAACAUUCAAUUGGAUAAUCCACUCACCCCUGAGAAGCUUUCAACGCUUCAUUGGCUCUUAGCAGAAACUUAUGAACCAGACAAGUUGCAAAGUAGGAGCUUUCUGGAGGAGGAAGUAUCUAGAAGUUCCUGUGCUGUUAUUGUUGAGGUCGGUCCCCGGAUGACAUUUUCGACGGCAUUCUCGACCAAUGCUGUCUCAAUUUGUAAAUCUCUCUCAUUAGUAGAAGUGAGCAGACUGGAGCGGUCAAGAAGAUACCUUUUGCGCCUUGAGCCUGGUAGUGGUCCACUUGAUGAAAGUCUGCUCAAAGAAUUUGCUGCAUUGGUUCACGAUAGAAUGACAGAGUGCAUUUAUCCCAAAAAGCUGACAUCAUUUCAGUCAGAUGUAGUUCCUGAACCUGUCUGUGUUGUUCCAGUCAUUGAAAGAGGAGAAGAAGCAUUGGAAGAAAUAAAUGUGAAGAUGGGGCUUGCUUUUGAUAAACAAGAUAUUGACUACUAUACACACCUCUUCAGAGAUGAUAUUAAACGCAAUCCGACUACAGUGGAACUUUUUGAUAUUGCACAAUCCAAUAGCGAACACAGUAGACAUUGGUUUUUCAAUGGAAAACUUGUUAUAGAUGGAGAGACCAUGCCUGCCACUUUGUUCCAGUUAGUGAAGAGCCCUCUGAAAGCCAACCCCAAUAACUCUGUCAUCGGGUUCAAGGAUAACUCGAGUGCAAUAAAAGGAUUUCCAGUAAACCAUCUACGCCCAACAAUUCCAGGUUCCAGUUCACCAUUAUCCAUCAUGAUGCGUGAGCUUGAUAUUUUAUUCACAGCAGAAACCCAUAAUUUUCCAUGUGCUGUUGCGCCAUACCCGGGAGCCGAGACAGAAAUUGGCAUGCUAGUUGUGAAGAUUGGUGGUCCAGCAUACAGAAUUGGUAUGGGCGGUGGUGCUGCCUCGAGUAUGGUUAGUGGCCAGAACGACGCAGAGCUUGAUUUCAACGCUGUACAGCGUGGAGAUGCUGAGAUGGCACAGAAAUUGUAUCGUGUGCGCUGCUGUGAAGAAUGCCAAGUUGAAUGGCCUCCUCCUCCAUCCCCUGUUGAAGAACUUGAGCUUGAAAAAGUUCUAGGAGACAUGCCUCAGAAGACCUUCAAGUUCAAGCGUGUUUCUCAUGUCACAGAGCCUUUAGACAUUUCACCUGAGGUAACACUUUUGGAUGCUCUGAAGCGAGUAUUAAGGCUCCCAUCUGUGUGUUCAAAGCGUUUCUUGACCACAAAGGUUGAUAGGUGUGUGACAGGCCUUGUUGCACAACAGCAGACAGUUGGACCUCUCCAACUUCCGCUUGCUGAUGUGGCUGUGAUUGCACAGACAUACACAGACCUAACAGGUGGUGUUUGCAGCAUUGGAGAACAACCAAUAAAGGGUUUGCUUAAUCCUAAGGCCAUGGCCAGACUUGCUGUUGGGGAGGCCUUGACUAAUCUUGUCUGGGCUAAGGUUACAUCACUUGCUGAUGUCAAAGCAAGCGGGAAUUGGAUGUACGCUGCAAAGCUUGAUGGCGAAGGUGCAGAUAUGUAUGAUGCAGCUGUCGCAUUGGCUGACUGCAUGAUUGAACUUGGUAUUGCAAUAGAUGGGGGAAAAGACAGUCUUUCCAUGGCAGCCCAAUGUGAUGGUGAACUCGUCAAGGCUCCUGGAAAUCUGGAAAAAACUUCAGAUCUCAGGGAUCUCUGGGAGGAAACGAGCUUCCAGCUUGAGGAGUUACAACGUCUGAAAUCUUGUGUCAAACUUGAGAAAGAAGGAUUAAAAUGCAGAACAUCGCCAUCAUGGUCUCUGUCUUUUACUCCCAAAUUCACAGAUGAGAAACUGUUGAUUGCUUCCUCAAAACCAAAGGUCGCUAUCAUUCGUGAAGAAGGGAGCAAUGGGGACAGGGAAAUGGCUGCUGCAUUCCACGCUGCUGGGUUUGAACCAUGGGAUAUCACAAUGUCAGACCUCUUGGCUGGGAAGUCUUCUCUAACAGAGUUCCGUGGGAUUGCGUUUGUUGGCGUUUUUAGCUAUGCAGAUGUGCUAGAUUCAGCGAAAGGUUGGGCUGCAUCGAUCAGGUUUAACAAACCCCUCGUUCAGCAAUUUCAGGAUUUCUAUCAUAGGCCAGACACGUUCAGCCUUGGAGUAUGUAACGGUUGUCAGCUUAUGGCUCUUCUUGGCUGGGUGCCAGGAUCUGAUGUUGGAGGUUCUCUUGGUAAAGGUGGAGAUAUGUCCCAACCCAGGUUUAUUCACAAUGAAUCCGGUCGUUUCGAGUGCCGGUUUACCAGUGUGUCCAUUGGGGAUUCUCCUGCUAUCAUGUUCAAGGGGAUGGAAGGUUCUACCUUGGGUGUUUGGAGUGCUCACGGCGAGGGAAGAGCUUUCUUCCCAGAUGAAAAUGUUCUAGCUACUGUUGUGAAGUCUAAUCUGGCACCUGUGAGAUAUUGCGAUGAUUUUAACAACAUAACCGAGACCUAUCCCUUCAAUCCUAAUGGUUCUCCACUAGGUAUUGGAGCCCUUUGCUCCCCUGAUGGGAGGCACCUUGCUAUGAUGCCGCAUCCGGAGCGUUGCUUCAUGAUGUGGCAAUACCCAUGGUAUCCCAAGGAAUGGCAGGUUGAGAAGAGUGGCCCCAGCCCUUGGCUGCGGAUGUUCCAGAAUGCUAGGGAAUGGGCAGUGUCUGGCUUCAGCGAUGUGGUCAUCACCGGGGUACCAGCUAUUGCGAGUAUGGAUGGUUCUCAUUCGAUGACCCCCUUUUUUGCGGAAUAA